CCUUCUCCUUUUCUUCCCUUUUAUCAUUGAACACUUCCCCUUCUUUCUCGCUCCACUUUUUUAUUCUCCCCCCCUUCUUCAUCAGUGACCAGAACAAAUUCAAAUUUUAAGUGGAGUGAUCAAUCCAUUUCUUGGGGUAUUUUGCUAAUUACAGGAAAGCUUUCCCUGUGGAUCCCACCAAUGGCUCUUUCCUUUCUUCUCCACUCCUUUUUACUCUGUAUCAUUUUGUUCGGGUCAAGAACUAUCUUAUUUACAGGUUGGCGGAUAAGCAUAUUGUAAUCUAAGUUACAUGAAGUGGGAGCGUAAGAGCGGCAAAAUUAUAUAAUAAAUAUUGAAAAUUUGAGCGAGAGCGCGUGCAGAGCGUGAGAGCACUCCGAACGUGAGAGCGAUACGUGUUGAGAAGAACUGUAUGACUUAGAUUGUAAUUGUAUCAUGCUUUUCACAAUUGUCCCACCGGGAAUAGCAUAUUAUCAAUGUUUGGUUGCCCAGUUGCUGGGAAGCUUUCCCUGUGGAUCCCACCAAUAGUUCUUUCCUUUCCUUUCCUUUCCCCUACUUUUAUAAUUUGACAUUUUCCCUUCUCUUUCUCACUACUCCUUUUUUGCUUCUCUCUUCAUCAUUCAUGAUUGAGCAUAAUAAAUUCAGUCUUUUGUUGAUAUUUAGCAGAGUAGUGUUCAUAUAUAUGUAUUUUUUAUAAAAGAAAUCCAGCCCCAUAGUAAGCAUAAAAAAUCCUAGCCCUAAGAAGAUAUCACAUCACAUUACCCUUCUUAAGUUCAUGGUCUUACAAAAAAAAAAUAUAUAUUAUAUAUAUGUACCUUAACAUAAAAUUACACGGUAAUUUACAUGGUUUUGUGAUUUUCCGUGAAUAAACAAAUAACUCUCUCCAUGGUCCAAAUUAUAAAAAAGAAAAUUAAAAAAAGAAAAGAAAAAAUUCGUAGUAUAAAUAGUUAUUCAUAGAACAUUUGACGGGGCAUAGAUAAUGAAUAUUUUAAUACAAAAUUUAGAUUUUAUACAACUCCGUUCACAUUUUCUUUUCAACUCGUCAUUUUGUUAAGGUCAAAAUAUAGGGUAACAAUUUAUAUCCAAACCCAUUAAACAGCCCAAACUUGUCCACUAAAAUUAAAUUUUUUGGAUAAUCAAUUUAAAUGAAUGUGUAAUUAAUGGAUAAAAAAUGGGUUCUCAUUAUAUUCAUGGGUAAAUAAUGAGUAAAUAUUGGGUACCCAUCUCAACUCGCUCAAACAAAACUAUAUUUUCUCUCCUCCAUUUCUCUCUAUUUCUCAUUUUUUUUUUCCUGUGUUUUCUCUUCUCUUCCCCCUUUUUUUCUCUCUGUUUUCUCUCUUCUCCCCCUUUUUUUUUUUUUUUUUUUUUUUUGAGAAAGGUUUUUUUAACUCUUUUGUUUGCUCUCUCAAAAAUUUUAAAGAGAGAAAUUAAUUUCAUCUCUUUCUUUUUAUUUUUUGUUUUUUUUUUUUUUGAAAAGUAAUUUCAUUGGCCGACAUAGUUUUUGUUAAAUUGAUCUCUCUCACAAAUUUGGCACUGCUUUAGUUUUUGGAAAAAAAAAAUUUUUGGCGAAUUUUUUUUUAGUAUUAUUAAAUUUUGUCACUUUCUAAAAUAUAGAAUUAUUGCAAAUAUUGUUUAUAGAUCCUGCCAUUGCUCAGAGAUCCUGUCAUUGUAAUUGGGUUGGAAGUCAAUUAUAUAGGAAGAUGGUGUGAUACUUAUUUAUUGUUAUUAAUUAUGAUUUUAUAUAGAAAAAAUAAAAUUGGCCUCUCUGAAUUUUUAUCUCUUUCCUUUCUCUUUCUGUUUUCUCUCUCCUCUCUGUUUUUUCUCUUUUCUUUUCCUGGGUUGUGGUACCGCACUCUAUCGCAAUGUUACCUCAACUUCUAUAUUUCUUUUUUUUGCACUACAAACCUCAAUUUCUAUUUUAUUGGGUAAAAAAUAUUGAAAUUAAAACCAUGUUUGUACCGGUUAAAAUUCCUUUUUCUAUAUAUAUAUAUAUAUAUUAUUAAUUAUACUAGCAGAGUAAUAAGUUGUAUUUGACUUUAAAAAAAAAAAAAAUGAUAACACCAGUGAUUAGAAAAUUAAUAUAAAACUGUUACAAGAACAAUUUUUUUAUUUUUUGGUAUUCAAGAAUUAAAAAUAUUUGACAAUUUGUUUAUAAAAAAAUUUGGGUAAUUGGGUUGGGUGUGAGUUCGGCUCAACCCAUUUGACACCCAACCCAUUUUUAACCCACCAUAAUGGGUUGAUAAUGAACUAAUGACCCAUUAUUGUCCCACCCAUUCACGACCGGCCCAAACCCACCAAAUUACUACCCCUAUCAAAAUUACUGUCACAUGGAGAAUAGCAUAUAUUAACAAAGCAGCAUAUAGAUUCUGCAUUUUCAGAACUGUCCCAACGGGAAUAGCAUAUUAUCAAUGUUUGUUUGGCAGGGAAGCUUCCUCUGUGGAUCCCACCAAUGGUUAUUUCCUUCCUUUCCUUUCCUCCCCUUUUAUCAUUUGACACUUCGCAUUCUCUCUGGCACUCCUUUUUUCGCUUCUCUCCUCUCUCUUCAUAGUGAGCAGAACAAAUUCAAUCUUUUAGUGGAGUGGUCAAUCCAGUUCUUGGGGGGUUUUGCUAAUUACAGAUUGCAUAUAUCCCUUGUUCAUUGAUCUCUUAGAGCCUUGUUCAGUGGCCGCUAUGGGAGCCCGAGAAGCGUCCUCAACUCGAUGUUCUUAUCACGUGUUCUUGAGUUUUAGAGGCGAAGAUACUCGGAAUACCUUUACUGAUCACCUUUAUGCGGCUCUACUCCAUGCAGGAAUACGCACAUUUAGAGAUGAUGAGGGAAUAGAGAGAGGACGGAAUAUCAACUUAGAACUAAAGAAGGCAAUCCAAGAGUCGAGAAUUUCAAUAAUUGUUUUCUCAAAAGACUAUGCAUCGUCAAGAUGGUGUCUUGAUGAGCUUUUGAAUAUCCUUGAGCGCAAGAAGACUGUUGGUCAUAUGAUUCUGCCCGUCUUCUAUCAUGUGGAUCCAUCCCAUGUAAGAAAGCAGACAGGAAGUUUUGCACACGCAUUUGCUAUAUACGAAGAACAAUUUAAGGUAGAGACAGAAGAAAAAAAAGAGGCGGGGUUGGACAAGAUAAAUAGGUGGAAGGCAGCUCUGAGAGAAGUUGCAGAUCUGGCAGGGAUGGUUAUAAUAGAUGGGCAGGAGGCAAGUUUUAUUCAAAAAAUUGUGAAAGAGAUUGGGAACAAAUUGAAUCGCACGGUUUUGAGUGUUUGUCCAUACCCAGUUGGAAUAGAUUCUCGUGUAGAAGACAUUAAUUCGUGGAUUCAAGAUGGAUCGACGGAUGUUGGCAUAGUGACAAUAUGUGGAAUUGGUGGAAUUGGGAAGACAACAAUCGCCAAAACUGUCUACAACUUAAACUUUGACAGAUUUGAAGGUAGCAGCUUCCUCGCAAAUAUUAGAGAAAUAUCAGAACAAUCCAAUGGUUUGGUUAGUUUACAAAAACAAUUUCUUUCAGAUAUUCAAAAGGGGAGAAAAGAAAAAAUUAGCAGUGUUGACGAAGGAAUCAUUAAGAUUAGACAUGCUAUUUGCUGUAAAAGAGUUUUAGUUGUUCUUGAUGAUGUGGAUCAAUCAGACCAAUUAAAUGCAGUACUCGCCAUGCGAGAUUGGUUUUAUCCAGGAAGCAAAAUUAUCAUAACAACUAGACAUCAGCAAUUGCUGAAGGAACGUGAACUCUAUAAGAUGCACAAAGUUAAGGAAUUAAAUGAUGGUGAAUCAUUUCAGCUCUUCUGUUGGCAUGCCUUUGGACAAGACCAUCCCAUUGAAGUUUACAUGGAGAUGUCAAAAAUGGUCAUACAGUACUGCGGAGGGCUUCCUUUAGCUCUUCAAGUGCUAGGUUCUUCCCUAUCUGGCAGACCUGUAGAUGUGUGGGAAAGCACAUUAAAGAAAUUGGAAGCUAUUCCUGACAGUCAGAUCCUAAAGAAAAUAAAAAUAAGCUUUGAUUCUUUACAAGAUGACCAUGACAGAAAUUUAUUCCUUGAUAUUGCUUGUUUCUUUGUUAGAAAGGAUAAAGAAUUCACAAUUACAAUUCUAGAUGGGUGUGGUUUCUAUACAAAAGUUGGGAUUCAAAAUCUCGUCGAUAGAUGUCUCAUAACUAUUGAUGACAAUAACAAGCUGACAAUGCAUCAAUUGCUUCGGGACAUGGGGAGAGAAAUCAUCCGCCAAGAAUCACCCAAGGAACUUGGGAAACGCAGCAGAUUGUGGCAUCACAAGGAUGCCUUUAGUGUAUUAAAUGAAAAAACUGGAACAGAUUCCAUUGAGGGCCUCAUCCUCAACUUCAAUGCAUCUAAAGAAGAUAGGUCCACCGAGGAAUUCUUUGGUUUAGAUAAUGCAAAAAGACACUAUUCAGAAGACUUUCUUGACAAAUCAGCAUUAUUAUUGGAGAACAAUUCAUUGAAGCGGCGUCGUCUAGGGUUCUUCUCUUGGCUUCCCAUAAAUUCUGCCUCAACAAGAUCGCAUUCCACAUCAGAUGAAGUAGAUUUACAAACUGAUGCAUUUUCAAGGAUGCACAGAUUAAGACUACUCCAGCUGAAUAAUACAAGGCUCACAGGAGACUACGAAGAAUUCCCUAGGAAGUUAAGAUGGUUGUGUUGGCGUGGGUUCCGUUUAGAAUCUAUACCCAGUGGCUUUCCUUUGGAGAGUCUUGUUGCCCUUGACAUGCGCAAUAGUUGCUUGAAACAUGUUUGGAAUGGAAACAAGUUGCUCAGAUCGUUGAAAAUCCUCAAUCUCAGUCAUUCCCAUGGUCUUACCAAUACGCCUGACUUCUCACAAGCCCCCAAUCUUGAAAGGUUGAUUCUUAAAAAUUGCAUAAAUUUGAUUGAGAUUGAUGGAUCAAUUGGGGAUUUAGGGAGACUAGUUCUGUUGAAUCUAAAAGGUUGCAAAAAUCUUCGGAAGCUUCCAUCGAAAAUUGGCGGGCUGAAAUGUCUUGAAGUACUCAUUCUAUCUCGUUGUUUAAAGCUCAAGAAGUUGCCAGAAGAGCUGGGCAAGAUGGAGUGUUUGAAAAUGCUCCUUGCAGACGGAGUUGGCAUAAAUCAAUCAUCCUCCAUGACUACUGGGUUAAGAUCAUGGCCGUCACAUUUCCGGGAAUGUCUAUUUGGACCAAGAAGAAGACCAGAAUCGAUCAGCUUUUCAUUGUGUUCUUUACCACGCUCAUUAUCAGUCUUGAGUCUUGCUGGCUGCAACCUAUCAGAUGAUGCUAUUCCAAAGGAUCUUGGCUGCCUAUCCCUGUUGAAGAACUUGGAUCUAAGUAGAAAUCUAAUCUGUAGCAUACCAGAGAGCAUCAAGGGUCUCACUAUGCUCCACUUUCUUGAUCUAAACAACUGCCCAAAACUCCAGUUACUUCCAGAGCUUCCAAUGAGUUUAAGGGUGUUGAAGUUAUCUGGGUGCAGGUCAUUGGAAAUGAUAACAAAUCUACCAAACCUGUUGAAUUCACUGUUCUUGUUUCCAGAUUGUUGUGACAAAGUAAGUGAGGUUCAGGGGUUGUUCAAGUUGGAACCCAUUGGAAACUUUGAUGAAGUGAUGAUCAGCAAUUUGGGUUUGACCAACUUGGAAUUCCUGAGAAAUAUUGAAGUUUCUUUGUUCAACUUUAUGACGGAAACUAAAAGAAAAGUUCCUCUACAGGGACUGCAUGAAUCGGGUAUAUUUAGCACUUUUCUCCCUGGUAAUGAAGUUCCAGGCUGGUUCAGCAUUAAGAGCAAGGAAUCUUCAAUAUGUUUUAAGGUGCCUUCAAAUCCUAAUUUCAAGAUCCAAGGCUUGAAUGUAUGUGUUGUUUAUGCACAAACUGGUAGUUGGAUGGAUUCUGGUUCGACUAAGUUCUGCAUGAUUGAAGUGAGUAAUAGGACAAGGGAUCUGAAGUGUUUAUAUUGCCCAUCAUUCAUGGGCGUUCCAGAUGAUGGGAACGAGAUGGUAUGGUUAAGCCAUUGGAGUUUUGUGAAUCAAUUAGUGGAAGCUGGUGAUGAAUUGAAUGUUUCGGUGUUUUUCGGUGAGCCAUUGGAGUUUUUUGAAUCAAUUAGUGGAAGCUUUCGGUUUUCUAAGCUAAAGGAGUUUGGGAUCCAUGUUGUGUUUGAGGAAGAAGAGAAGGGUACCUACCCUUCUUGUCAAAAUGUUGAUUUGUCAGUGUAUCAGGCGAGGACACGCGCCUACUUCAUCUGCCAUUAUGGUUUGUUCUAUGUAAGAGGAGAAGCUUACCUCGAUUUGUGACUCUAAACUUCAUUUGGAUAGAUUUUGACCAAUCAAAAAUGUUUUGAUGACCUAAAAUUUCUUCAACAACUCAUUCCUUUCUAAUAAAGGUCAAUAAAUUGUCUAAGAGCACUAUCUUUGUGCUGCAAUCACUGUUUUAGUGAAAAUAGGAUCCAAAUGAUAAUUGUUCAGUUUUUGUAAUAUAAUUUUGAAAAACUAAUUGAGUUCCAGGAAAAUUUUUUGUAUCAGCAUCUGCUAUAGGAUUCAAAUGGGCGCCGUAAUACUACUACUAUUAAACUAUAUUUGAUUUAAUCAUUUUAUUUUUGCAUAAUUUCAUAUCAAGUACGUAAAACAGUUACAGUUGUUUUAUAAAGUGAAAAUUUUUCAAACUUUUUUUUAGAAAUGUGGGUAACACUCUUGAGAAAUCUUUAUUCCCUCUCUCUAUGUGACACUAUUAUUUUUAUAUGUAUGUUAAAGAAUGUGAGUAGGGCAGUGAUGCUAUUACUUUUAUAUGUACAUUUUUCUACAUUGUUCACAUAGUGAGUUGUGAGUAGGGUGGUGCAAAAUAAGUUGUGUACUUUAGUUUAAAAACAAUUAGAGAUGGAUGAAUAAGUGUAACUUGUAAUUUUAUUUAAUUUUUUAGAUAAAUUAAAUUUACCGAAUUAAAAAUGAAUUAGAUAACUGAUAAAGCAAAAAUAAACGGGAUUGUUAAAAAGACUCGUAACAUUGGUAGUAGUAGUAGUGCUUUUAAAUUCAAUAACCUACUAAUUUAUAUAUAUAUAUAUAUAUAAUUCAAUAACCAACUUUUAACGUGCUUCUACAUUUUGUGAAAAUGUAUAAUCUCCGCUGGCUGUUUCUUUAUAAAACGGAAAAAGUAAACUAAUUUAAAAAUCAACAAAUUUUUAUAUAAAAUUAUGAAGAAAUUACCUGAAGUUGAAAAAUAUCCCAAACUAUUUAAUAUCGCUAAAUCAGGACAACCUUUCAUUUUUCUGUUAACGGAGCGAGAAAAUAAUGGAAAUGCGUUAAUACAAAAAAAAAUAAAAAAUAAAAAAAAAUAAAAAAGGGUGCAAGAGAAGACAAUAAGUAGUGUAAUAGGUGCAAAUUAAAUUUGGAUAAUUAUACUUACAUUCACUGUAAACAGGGACAAAAGUAACAAUUAUAACAUUUUUCUGUCAUGGAAAUUCAACUUGGGGCACAUAACCUCGUUUAACCUCCUAUCACAAUUCUUUAUUUUGUUAGGGGUGUGAGAAAGAAUAAAUAGAAUCGGGUUUAAGAGUUAAAGAAAAAUGCGUUAUUAAGAUAAAAUAAAUGAAUAUAAAUAUAGAUUUAGAUAGAUAAAAAAAUAAUAAUAAUAAAAUUGAAUGCCAAUCGGCCACAAAAGUGGCAUUAAUCAUUAGUUUUGGAAAGAAAAAAAAUGUGAAAAAAAAAGAAAAAUGAGAGAAAAAGAAAUUUUAGAAAAGGAAA